GAAACCCAGCUAAUGAGAUCUGUGGUGGCUCAAUUAUUUGUGCUAGAAUAUUCCUGGCAAUAGUGAUUUAACAUUUUAAUUAUAAGAUUUUUUUUAUGAUGAAAAUAACAUUUGCUGAUGAGAUUUGAAGAUUUUAAGAUCAAAGUGCAGGGCAUUUUUUUCUAAUCAACUUUUAAGUCCACGAGUGCAGAACAGUUGGUGAAACUUAAUGAACCAUGGAUUUCCUUGCUUUUCUCCUGUUGAGCUUGGCUGUCGCAGCUGCAUCAUUCACGCCCCCACCAACAGUAAUAGAUGUUGAUGUUGAUCGAAAGGACAUCCCAGAGAUAAACAAAGGUUUAAACCUCAGAGAAGGAGAUAUCAAGGAGGACCCUUCUAGACAACUUCAAAGGAGUGUGAUUUUGCUGACCCAGUAUCGUUGGAACAGAUAUGUCCCCUACGUGCUGAAUGAAUCUCUCAGCCUGAAUGACAAAGGAGUCAUCUUAAGAGCCUUUGAGCAGCUGAGACUGAAAGCGUGUAUUGACUUUAAGCCUUGGACAACAGAGCAAGACUACAUAUCUGUGGAAGCACAAAAUGGGUGUUGGUCCUAUAUUGGGAAGAUGGGUGGGCGGCAGCAGCUCUCUAUUGGAAAUGGAUGUGGAUACAUCGGCAUUGUGGAGCACGAGUUUCUUCACGCUCUGGGAUUCUAUCAUGAACAGAGCCGAAAUGAUCGGGACAACUACGUGACCAUCAUUUAUGAAAACAUCCUUGCAGGAUACUCAAGUAACUUUAAUAAGGCACCUGAGCUGACAAGCACCACACAGGGAACUCCAUAUGAUUACACGUCUGUGAUGCACUAUGGACAAGACACUUUCACCAAUGGGAGCGGACACACCAUCAUCACCAAAGUCCCUCGGUUCCAAAAUGUUAUUGGUCAGCGCUAUGACCUGAGUUCUUUAGAUGUGUUUGAGCUCAACAAUCUCUAUAAAUGCAAUUCAUCCAUCUCCUUUCUGGACCGCUGUAGCUUUGAUAAUGACAUGUGUCGGAUGGUUAACUGCUCUUCCACUGCUAAUGGAUGGAAGAUGGCAAGCAAUGUAUCUGGAGGCCCAUUUAGCGAUCACUCCAACCUGGCAUCCAUAGGUGUUCCUGCUGUGUCUAUGAACACCAAUUCUUCAGGGCCAUCUCUCUUCAUGCACUUCAGCACGGAGGCUGGGCAGGAAGGAGACUCAGGCCGACUGGAGACUAAGGAGAUGACACCCCGCAGAGGCUGCCAUGUCCAGUGCCUGCAGUUUUUCUACUAUCACAGUGGGAAUGAGACUGACCAGCUCAACAUCUGGAUCAGAGAGUACCAGAGUGAUACUGACACCACAGGAACCCUCAGACUCAUGGACCAGAUCACAGGAUCUCCCACUAAUCACUGGCAGCUGCGCUAUGUCCCGCUAAAUGCGGGCAAGCCAUUCCUAGUGGAAUUUGAAGCACGGAAAGGAGCCGGAUAUUCCAGAGGAGGCUUCUCAGUGGACGAUAUCAACCUGUCAGAAUCAGAAUGUCCUCAUAAUGUGUGGCAGAUCAGGAACUUCAUGGAGCUUUGGAACAACUCUGCACCUGGCACUUUGAAGUUCAGCCCAGCCUACUACUCCCCUGACGGCUAUCGCUAUCAGGUAAUUCUGGUACUGGAUCAGGACAGCUUUUCCAUCUAUGUGCGACUGGUAUCUGGUGUCUAUGAUAAUCAGCUACAGUGGCCUUGCCCAUGGAGACAAGUGACUUUCUUGGCGCUGGAUCAGAACCCAGACAUCCAACAGCGCAUGUCGAAUGAAGCAAGCCUCACAACUGACCCAGCUCUAAUAUACGGUGGAAAGUACUUUUGGGGCAAGCCUAGUGAUGUGGGAUAUCUAACACUUGUCAACGGUAACGAGUUGGUAAAUGUGACUUAUGGAAUGGGCUAUUCCAUAUUCAUGGAAAAGGCCCAACUCAACGACAGGGAGUUUGUCAAAGGUGGUGAUCUCAUCCUUCUCUUCAGCAUGCAAGAUGUCUCAGCGCUGCAGCAGAAUAACUCUCUGCCCUGCCCCAAAGUGCCACUGAAGACCUUCAGCAUCUCUCCGUAUCAGGGAGCUCAAGGAGGAUCCUGCGAAACACGAGCCAUUCACCCAUCUCCUGCAUCCACAACCACAAGCACACCCAAAACCUCAACCUUCAUCAAGACCACCACAGCUGAUGUCAGGGAAUGCUUGGACAUCUUUUGUUCCGGGGCUAAUAUCAUGCAUCCUUCAGUCGCCCUCCUGCUGGCUUUCGUCCUCUUGGUAGUAAACUAGCAGUCAGGAAAUAUUCAUCAGAAAGAAACUGAUAGUAAACUAGUAGCCAAAUCAGAAUCCAAAGCCAUAUAAUUGUAAUCUUUGGUACAUAAUGGCCAACAAAACUGGCAAUCAACUAAUAAAUCUUAUGGUUAUGAUUGCGAUUCUAAAUCAAGAAAAUCAAGAUAAUUCUACUCAGUGUGUGUAUGUGUGUGCAGUGAGUGAGGGGACUAAUUCACUCUAAUAUUAAGUUUCAGACAUAGCGAUAUUUUUAUAUUUGAGAGAUGAUGAACAUUAUAUCCAUGACAUCCAGAACAAGUGCCCUUGGUAGGUUUCUAUUUAGCCAACUUUACGCAUGAUAUCCAGGACCUGACACUUAACUGCAACACAUAUCACAUACUGAGUGUGUCAGAUUUCACAGUAAAUUUCCUUUCUGGAAAUCUGAUGUGUGGGUAACAUUUACAAUACUGUUUAAGGGUCUCUUUGCUACUAUCUAAAGAAAACAAAACAGUUCAACCAAAACAACUUAUGUCAGGUUUGGACAUUAUUUUAGCACUGAAAGCAUGUGCUCAACAUGAUCUGAUACCUUGAAAAUGCUGACCAAAAAACCUGACAUCACUGAAACAGUAGAGCUCAGCACUAAUUCAGUCUGCAUACUGAACUUUUUGAGCGAGACCUUAAAUGGGGAUUGUAUGCACUUAAUCUUUUACAAAACUUUUUGGUUAGUAUAAAAAUCUAUAUAGAUUAUAGAACUUUUUACAUCUGACUUGCCUUUAUGAUACACAAAAUAUAAUCACCUUUUGUUUUUCCAUGAAUCAAACCUUAAUGCUUGAUAUGCUUUGGACUGUUAAAAUAGAAGUCAUGUUUCCCUUUAGUUACCAAUCAGCUGUCCAAUCUCAUUUGUGUUUUCUGGGUAAAAAAUAAAUCUGAGAUUAAACUUUAGUUACAGACUAAAA